AACGAAAAGUUGCGGAAGGUACUAAGCAAAUUCUUCACACACACAAACACGAAAACAUCGUAUAAACCUUACCUUUACUCUUUUAUUUUGCACUUCAUCGGUUACUUUCUCGCAAGCAUCUCUGCUGAGUGGCCAAUUUCUACUUGAUGGAGUGCAAAGAGGAAGUUCAUAGUGAUGAUGGAUCUUUUGAAUUAAUCAACUUCGAUGAUGAUGAUGGUGAUAUGGUACAUCUGAACAUGAAAUCUGAUGUUUCUAGCAACAUGGAUCUAUCAGAUGGUUCUUACGACUUUCUUUCUUCUGAAAUGUCUGAAAUACUUGUUCUAACCAAAGGAGAGGCUUCUAACAGCAUAACUGUUUCUGAGGACAAGCCUUAUGAAGACGUAAGAUCUUUUUUAUUUGAAUCAGCAAAGGGGGACGGGGGAUUCGAAGAUGCAUCUGAUCCUAUGGAAGAAGAAGAAGAAGAAGAAAAAGAGUUUUCAGGGAUGGAUUUUCCUGAUGCUGUUGAUAUGGGUAGAGUUCGCAAUUUUAUGACCAUGGCUUAUCAGAACUCAAAUUUUGAUGUGUUCGAUUCCCGUUUUCCUGCUCACUUCAAGUUAAAGGAUGACAUAAAAGAGGUGGCAAAGAACCACAUCCUUCGUUACCUUCCUGCCAAAUCUUUAGCCAGAUCUCGACUUGUCUCUAAAGAAUGGGAUCAGUGGAUAUCCAGCCCAUUCUUUGCACACGUGCAGAGUCAAUAUUUUAGAAAAAUGUCUGGUUUUUUCGAGGAUACAGAUGGAGCUAUUCGUUUCAUUUCACUCGACAUAUUUGCUUAUGGAGUUCCCUACCCUUCUCUGCGUUUUCUUCCACAGAAUGUUUUCAUCAGAAGCUCGUGCAACGGAUUGCUCUUUUGUCGAGCUUUUGAUGAAGAAAAUGAGUAUUAUGUUUGUAACCCUGCCAAUGAAGAUUGGAUCAGACUUCCCUCUUCUAGCUACUACCACGGAAGAGAACCAAAAUAUGUGCUUGUCUUUGAACCUUCUUCUCUCAACUUUGAGCCAUGUUAUCAAGUGGUAUGUCCAUUCUCUCUUCCUGAUCUCAUGAAGGGACCCAUUGUGUAUUUUGACAUAUAUGAUUCAAAGACAAAUUCUUGGAGGAUAUCUGAUAUGAUAUGUGUGGAUUUGGAUGAAUCCGAUAUAAAAAGUGAUGGAGUUUUUGUGAAUGGAGUUGUUUACUGGGAAACCACAGGUGGAGAGUUGUUGGCCUUUGAUAUCAAGAAUGAGAUCUACGGGGUUCAAUCUCUCCCUUAUGGUGAAGGUGGUGCGUUGUCAAAGGUCCAUGGAGAGUUAAGCUAUGUCAAGGCUCGUUAUCAUCAUCCCAUGAGAACGUGCAUAUUGGAUGUUUAUGGCGGUAGUAUUAUGUCAUUGAAAAACACCAUGACUUUUGCUAUUUCUUCUUAUGGCCUUGAAGAUGGUGAGUUAGUCGAUUGCAGGGUUUUGGCUAAUUCUUGUGACGAUGUUAUAGCUGUCAUCAUGAAGAAGUUUGGAGGACCAAAUUGUCUGUAUGUUUAUCAUGUGAAAGAUCAAAAGGUUGAAGGACCAAAGUUCCUCCAGAACUCUAAUAUCUCAAAGUUGUUUCCUUAUGUUAACAGUCUAGUUUCUCUAGCCACCUAGCUAUCUAUUAUUGGUGUUUUUUCUCACUAAUUAGAGGACUGUUUUGCCUCUAAGACGUGUGUUAUGUACAUAUGUUAUUUCUGGUGAAUCAUAUAAGCUUAAAGAUAAUCUAAUCUUGUUUUGUGACA